GUGAAAUAGCUGAGAAGAAAUUCUAAUUUAGUUUGUGGACUUUGUUAUUUGUAAUGAGAUCAUCAUCUAAUUCCAUGUUUUUGACUGGUCACUGUAACAGAUAUGGGACGAAGAAGAGGAGGGACUCUGAAGAUUCUGUUACUGUUGACACUCUGUCUGCAAGCCUUCACUGGUCAAUGCCAAGAUUCAGGGCAUCCCUCUGACCUGAGGAUAUUUCUGAUAGGGAAGACUGGAUCAGGGAAGAGUUCAACAGGAAACACCAUCCUGGGGAGAAAGGUGUUUAGAGAAGACCUCUCCCCUGAGUCUGUCACUGUUCACUGUGAGAAACAGAGUGGAGUGGUGGAUGGGAGGAAGAUUGAUGUCAUCGACACCCCGGGGCUCUUUGACACAACAAUGUCUAAAGAAGAGAUGAAAAGUGAAAUAGAAAAGUCCAUCUACAUGUCAGUCCCAGGACCCCACGCCUUCCUGCUGGUGAUCAGACUGGGGAGGUUCACAGAGGAGGAGAGGAACACUGUGAAGUGGAUCCAGGACAACUUUGGAGAAGAAGCCUCAAUGUACACCAUCAUUCUGUUCACCGGAGGAGACCAGCUGGAGGACAAAUCAAUGGUGGACUUUCUAAGUGAGAGUGAAGAGCUUAUGAAACUCAUCAAGGUCUUUAAGGGCAGAAAUCAUGUCUUCAAUAAUAAAGAGAAGAAUGACAACACUCAGGUCACAGAGCUGCUGAAGAAGAUAGAUGAGAUGGUGAAGAAGAAUGGAGGACAACACUACACCAAUGAGAUGUACCAGGAGGCCCAGAGGAAGAUCGAAGAGGAGGAGGAGAGGAAGAGACAGGAGAAGAAGGAGAGAGAGGAGGAGGCGAAGAAGAAACAAGAGGAGGAGAUCAGAAAACGGGAAGAGAAGGCGAGAGAGGAGGAGAGGAAGAGACAGGAGGAGAAGAAGAAACAAGAGGACGAGAUCAGAAAAUGGGUAGAGAAGGCGAGAGAGGAGGAGAGGAAGAGACAGGAGGAGGAGAAGAGAAAGGAGGAUAAGAAGAAACAUGAGGAGGAGAUCAGAAAACAGGUAGCAAAGGCGAGAGCGGAGGAGAGGAAUAGACAGCAGAGGACGAGGAAGUCGUCGUCAAAUGGCAUAUUGGGAUUGUUAGCAACUGUUGUCACAGCGGUGGUAGCAGGACCAUUAGCAAUUCCAGUUGGAGCUGCUGUAUUUGCAAAUGAAUUAGCUGAACAUUUAGACGAUUCCGAUUAUACCACCAGUGCCAGCACCACACUUCAGGCCUACAGUGAGCCUCGCCUCUCCAGCGCUGCCGGAGCCUUCCUACUCUCCUGCGCUGCCGGAGUCUCCCGCCUCGCUGCCAGAGCCUUUCUCCUCUACAGCGCUGCCGGAGUCUCCCGCCUGUUCAGCGCUGCCAGAGCCUUCCUACUCUCCAGCGCGACCAGAGUCUCACGCCUGUUCAGCGCAGCCAGAGCCUUCCUCCUCUCCUGCGCUGCCGGAGUCACCCGCCUGUUCAGCGCUGUCAUCGUCUGCUUCUAUGUUUUUGAUUGGCCGACUGUAGCAGAGAUGGAACGAGGAAGAGGGACUCUGAAGAUUCUGUUCCUGUUGACACUCUGUCUGCAAGACUUCACUGGUCAAUGCCAAGAUUCAGGGCAUCCCUCUGACCUGAGGAUAGUUCUGGUGGGGAAGACUGGAUCAGGGAAGAGUGCAACAGGAAACACCAUCCUGGGGAGGGAGGGGUUUAGAGCGGGGGCUUCUCCAGUGUCUGUGACUGCACAGAGUGAGAAACAGAGUGGGGAGGUGGAUGGGAGGAAGAUUGAUGUCAUCGACACCCCGGGGCUCUAUGACACAACAAUGUCUAAAGAAGAGAUGAAAAGUGAAAUAGAGAAGGCCAUCUACAUGUCAGUCCCAGGACCUCACGCCUUCCUGCUGGUGAUCAGACUGGGGGUAAGGUUCACAGAGGAGGAGCAGAACACUGUGAAGUGGAUCCAGGAGAACUUUGGGGAAGAAGCUUCAAAGUACACCAUCAUUCUGUUCACACAUGGAGACCUGCUGGAGGACAUGUCACUGGUGGACUUUCUAAAUGAGAGUGAGGAGCUUAUGAAACUCAUCAAGGUCUUUAAGGGCAGAAAUUAUGUCUUCAAUAAUAAAGAGAAGAAUGACAACACUCAGGUCACAGAGCUGCUGAAGAAGAUAGAUGAGAUGGUGAUGAAGAAUGGAGGACAACACCACACCAAUGAGAUGUACCAGGAGGCCCAGAGGAAGAUCAAAGAGGAGGAGGAGCAGAAGAAUAAAAAGUGGGGGAUUGAUAAGAAUAAGUUACUGGACCUUUCGGGAAAGGCUGUGGGAUUGAUAGCAACUGGUGUCACAGCGCUGGUUUCAGGACCAGCAGCUAUCGCAGUUGGAGGUGCUGUAUUCUUAAGAGAUGUAUUUGACCUUUUCUCCCACACUACCGGCGCCACCAGACACGAAGCUGGGAGUAUGGGAGUGGGAUCCAUGGACCGCUCCUCUUUGUCAUACAGCCGAGUCAAUGCGUCUGCCUUAACGUUCUGGGAGCCUGGUCUGACCAAGCAGCGUGGAGAAAGGGACUCCUGGACAUGGGAGGAGAUCCUGGGUGGCAAGGGUCCCUUGAGGCAGGCUGGGGAGUAUCGCCGUCCAAAGGAAGAAUUAAAGGCAGCGAAGGAGGAGCUGUGGCGAUAUGAGGAGCCCGGUUCAUCCUGUGCCUGCUCCCAUAACCAGGCCUUCUGUAUGCCUGGUGGGCCCUGUGGCAGCCCCACGUACCAGGCUGCCUAUACGUCUCCUCCCAUCAGUGAUGAUCCACAGUCUGGGGAACAACGCAACGAGGGUCCCCAGUCCGGGGCCCGCAAAGAGGGUCCCCAGUCCGGGUCCCUCAGCGAGGGUGCCCAGUCCUGGGCCCGCAACAAGGGCUCCCAGUCAGGGGCCCGCAACGAGGGUCCCCAGUCCGGGGCCCGCAGUGAGGGUCCCCAGUCCGGGGCCCGCAACGAGGGUCCCCAGUCCGGGUUCUAUGAUGAGGGUCCCUGCACCAGAGGCGCCACCAAAGUGGGAAUCUCCACCCACCUGCGGCACCUGGCUAUGCAAAACCAGCAGGCCCACUGCUUCAGGGCUCUCAGUGACAACAGGGGACAACAAUAUACAGAUCCGUGCAACCACACUAAAAUAGUAGAAAUGGAACGAGGAAGGACUCUGAAGAUUCUGAUCCUGGUGACACUCUGUCUGCAAGACUUCACUGGUCAAUGCCAAGGGCAGCCUUCUAACCUGAGGAUAGUUCUGGUGGGGAAGACUGGAUCAGGGAAGAGUACAACAGGAAACACCAUCCUGGGGACGGAGGGGUUUAAAGUGGGGGCUUCUCCAGUGUCUGUGACUGCACAGUGUGAGAAACAGAGUGGAGUGGUGGAUGGGAGGAAGAUUGAUGUCAUCGACACCCCGGGGCUCUAUGACACAACAAUGUCUAAAGAAGAGAUAAAAAGUGAAAUAGAGAAGGCCAUCUACAUGUCAGUCCCAGGACCUCACGCCUUCCUGCUGGUGAUCAGACUGGGGGUAAGGUUCACAGAGGAGGAGCAGAACACUGUGAAGUGGAUCCAGGACAACUUUGGAGAAGAUGCCUCAAUGUACACCAUCUUGCUGUUCACUCAUGGAGAUCAACUGAAGGGCAAAACAGUCAAAGGGUUUCUUGCUCAGAGCAAAGCGCUACGGAGACUCAUCAAUAUGUGUGGGGGCAGAUAUCACUCCCUAAUCAAUGACAAGAGAAAAGACAACACUCAGGUUAGAGAGCUGCUGGAGAAGAUCGAGGAGAUGGUGGUGGAGGACAAUGGAGGAGAACACUACACCAGUGCUGACUAUGAAGAGGCUCAGAGAAAGAUCAGAGAGGAGAAUAUGUUUUACUGUAAACUGGCAGCGUACGGCAGUCUAGCCGCAGCAGGACUAGGGAUGGUGUUUGCUUCACCAGUAUUGGUGGCAGCAGGUGUAGCUGCAGGCUUCAGCCAAGGGUUUGAAUGCACUAAGGAGAUGCUAGGCUUUUAAAACAUCGGGGGUACGUUCAGUUGGUCUUAACGUUUCGCUACGUAUGGCAAUGGUACUUACUGAAUGAUAUAACAGUUCUUUCAAAAGCAUUUGCAAUGUUAUAGAUAUGCUAGCCGUGUGGCAGUAUGGCCCUAGCAGGGUGUGAACGUGGAAAAUCUUAACAAAACACUCUUGCUGCACUGUACACAAUUCCCCUCUCAUGAUCCAUAGUUACAACGUUUCUCAACUCAAAUCAUGACCAUUUAUUUUAGUGGAGGUGUAUGUAUCUAGUGGGGAUACAUAGCAUACAUUAAAUGGUAGUGUAUGUAUCUAGUGGGGAUAUAUAGCAUGUAUUAAAUGGUAGUCUAUGUAUUUAGUGGGGAUACAUAGCAUAUAUUAAAUAGUAGUGUAUGUAUCUAGUGGGGAUAUAUAGCAUGUAUUAAAUGGUAGUGUAUGUAUUUAGUGGGGAUACAUAGCAUGUAUUAAAUGGUAGUCUAUGUAUUUAGUGGGGAUACAUAGCAUAUAUUAAAUAGUAGUGUAUGUAUCUAGUGGGGAUAUAUAGCAUGUAUUAAAUGGUAGUGUAUGUAUUUAGUGGGGAUACAUAGCAUGUAUUAAAUGGUAGUCUAUGUAUUUAGUGGGGAUACAUAGCAUAUAUUAAAUAGUAGUGUAUGUAUCUAGUGGGGAUAUAUAGCAUGUAUUAAAUGGUAGUGUAUGUAUUUAGUGGGGAGACAUAGCAUGUAUUAAAUGGUAGUGUAUGUAUUUAGCGGGGAUAUAUAGCAUAUAUUAAAUGGUAGUGUAUGUAUUUAGUGGGGAUAUAUAGCAUGUAUUAAAUGGUAGUGUAUGUAUUUAGUGGGGAUAUAUAGCAUAUAUUAAAUGGUAGUGUAUGUAUUUAGUGGGGAUAUAUAGCAUGUAUUAAAUGGUAGUGUAUGUAUCUAGUGGGGAUAUAUAGCAUGUAUUAAAUGGUAGUGUAUGUAUUUAGUGGGGAUAUAUAGCAUGUAUUAAAUGGUAGUGUGUGUAUCUAGUGGGGAUAUAUAGCAUGUAUUAAAUGGUAGUGUAUGUAUUUAGUGGGGAUACAUAGCAUGUAUUAAAUGGUAGUGUAUGUAUCUAGUGGGGAUAUAUAGCAUGUAUUAAAUGGUAGUGUAUGUAUUUAGUGGGGAUACAUAGCAUGUAUUAAAUGGUAGUGUAUGUAUUUAGUGGGGAUAUAUAGCAUAUAUUAAAUGGUAGUGUAUGUAUUUAGUGGGGAUACAUAGCAUGUAUUAAAUGGUAGUGUAUGUAUUUAGUGGGGAUAUAUAGCAUAUAUUAAAUGGUAGUGUAUGUAUUUAGUGGGGAUAUAUAGCAUAUAUUAAAUAGUAGUGUAUGUAUUUAGUGGGGAUACAUUAAAUGGUAGUGUAUGUAUUUAGUGGGGAUAUAUAGCAUAUAUUAAAUGGUAGUGUAUGUAUUUAGUGGGGAUAUAUAGCAUAUAUUAAAUAGUAGUGUAUGUAUCUAGUGGGGAUACAUAGCAUGUAUUAAAUGGUAGUGUAUGUAUUUAGUGGGGAUAUAUAGCAUGUAUUAAAUAGUAGUGUAUGUAUUUAGUGGGGAUACAUAGCAUGUAUUAAAUGGUAGUGUAUGUAUUUAGUGGGGAUAUAUAGCAUGUAUUAAAUGGUAGUGUAUGUAUUUAGUGGGGAUACAUAGCAUAUAUUGAAUAGUAGUGUAUGUAUUUAGUGGGGAUAUAUAGCAUGUAUUAAAUAGUAGUGUAUGUAUUUAGUGGGGAUAUAUAGCAUGUAUUAAAUAGUAGUGUAUGUUCUUGUGGGGUGUAUGUAUUAUGGGUAGUGGGUACUGGCUGUAUAGGGAUAUUAAACACAACUGUUGUUAUGAAUA